AUGGUUUUCGCUUUAGGAAGUGCAUCACUGCCUUCCGUUGCGAUCGCUUUUCAUUUUCUCAAUCAUUUUCUACAGAUUGAGCAUGUAUAUGACAACGAUUUCUGCCGACUCCAAAGAGUAGUUGUACUAUGCGCAGCGCAAAGCAAGAAACGUGAAAUCGACCGGCCAUCGGAACAGUGCUUAAUAUGUAUCGAAAAAUAUGCUCGUCAUAAUGAUGGCAGCAGAGACAUGGCAAAAUUCGGACAAGGGAUUCCUCACUUGGUACAACGUGGAACGCCUCAUCAAACAACAAACAACUGUUUCGACAUGAAGCAGUUUUGCCAAAGGAAGUUGGAUCACUGACACUUUCAGUGAUGGAUAGAAGCUGGAUCUCAUAUUUUACGAGUUAUGAUAUCUGUACAGUAUCUGUGAACACACUGAGUUUAACUCAACCGUUGUAAAUGCAUUUUUCACAAUAUCUCAGGACGUUCUUCAGCCUGUGUGAGCUGAGACAUAAUCAGGAAACUUGCCUGCUUUCGAUUAAUUAUUGCGUUCAUUGCAACUUCACAGCAGCUGAAGACGUGUUGAUAAGUAAUCUCUUGGACCAUGUUAAGCUACUGUCCUUAUCCCAUCAUUAGACCGUUUCAUUAUUGAAUCGAUAAAAAGCAUGAAGAUACUUUGAAGCACCCCUAUGCACAUAAUUAUUUACGAUCUUCUAGGUGUGUGUGUGUGAAUGACGUAGUUAACAGCUGGCUAUAUCAGUGAAUGCUGAAUUUUCUUUUCACUAACACAUCUAUGCAGCUUUCUGUACUAUCGUCGGC